UGAAGGGGGGGGGGGUCUGUAGGUGUCUGGGAGCGCUUGGUUAAUGAUUGAGGUCAGCUGGUCACUGAUUGACUGAAGAAGCUGACGAGGUGUCAGACAGAUCCAGACCAGAGUCCACAGAGAGAAGAGGAUGUUAGUCUCUCUCUUCUCUGUCUCUGACUCCACCUUGAUUUAUUCCUCAACCUUCUACUCCAGGUUUUCCACUUCUUCGUGUCUCUGGGGCUCAGCUCCACCCAGCCAGUGUCCUCUCUUUAACUCCACCUGGAUACCUGACGUGUGGAGCUCCGCCUGCUUCAUUCAUAACAACGUGUCUGCCGGCUCACCUUAAACCUGCUGUUUCCUCAGCCACGCUCAGAGGUUUCCUCCGGAGACAGUCGGAGCCGAAGCAGCAGGAGUAUCUUCUGGGACCAGACCCCUUGCAAGACCAGGACCAGACCCCCUGCAGGACCAGGACUCCAGGACCAGCACCAGACCCCCUACAGGACCAGGACUCCAGGACCAGGACCAGGACCAGACCCCCUGCAGGACCAGGACUCCAGGACCAGGACCAGAGACCGGCUGCUGCAGCAAUGGCUGAUGGGAAGCAGCGGAGCGGCGUGGCGCCGCCUCUGGACGGAGGAUGGGGCUGGGUGAUCGUCGGCUGCUGCUUCAUGGUGACGGUGUGCACGCGAGCGGUAACCAGGUGCAUCUCCAUCUUCUUUGUGGAGUUUCAGUCUCAUUUUGGCGCCGACUACUCGGCGACGGCGUGGAUCCACAGCCUGGUGGACUGCAGCACCAUGCUCUGUGCUCCUGUCGGCAGCCUGGUGGGGAACCGCUGGUCCUGCCGGGUCUCCGUGAUGGUUGGUGGACUCUUGUCCUCCUGUGGACUCCUCCUGUCCUCCUUCAGCAGCAGCCUGGAACUCCUCUACUUCAGCCUGGGAGGACUGACAGGUCUGGGCUUCGCUCUCUGUUACACGCCGGCCAUCGCCAUGGUGGGCUGUUACUUCCAUCGGCGGAAGGCGUUGGCGUACGGCAUCGCCAUGUCGGGCAGCGGGAUCGGCACCUUCGUGCUGGCGCCGGCGGUGCAGCUGCUCAUCGACCUGUACUCGUGGAGGGGGGCGCUGCUCGUCCUCAGCGCCUUCGUCGCCAACCUCUGCGUCUGCGGGGCGCUGCUCCAACCAAUCACAGCGCAGCAGGGCGAGGAGGAGGAGGCAGACGCGGAGCAGAAACCCGGUCACGUCUCGUCGCAGGACGCAGAGCUCGCCGUGAAACAUCCCAAAGAAUCAGACGACGGCCUCAAGUCCUCUUCGCCUGCGCCCCUGCCUCUGCUGUCGGGAAACCCCGCCCAUCAGGUGCAGAGGAAGCGGUGCUUCAGCUCCUGCUUCCUGUCCAGCGAGGAGUACCGCUUCCUGCUGCUGCCGGACUUCCUGGGCCUGGCCUUGUCCUUGCUGUUCCUGGCCAGCGGCUGCAGCGUCCCCUUCGUCUACCUGGUGCCGUGCGCACUGAGCGCCGGCGUCAGCCACCAUCAGGCCGCCUUCCUCAUGUCCAUCGUGGGAGUCAUCGACAUCGUGGGGAACAUCACCUUCGGCUGGCUGACGGACCGCAGGUGUCUGAAGCCGUAUCGUAUGGCGUGCUACAUCAUGGCGGUUGGUAUGGAGGGUCUCUGCUGUCUCUUCGUGCCGCUGCUCAGCUCCUUCACGCUCCUCGUGCCCUUCGCCGUCCUCUACGGUUACUUCGACGGCGCCUACGUGGCGCUGAUCCCCGUGGUGACGUCAGACGUGGUGGGAGCUCCGUACCUGUCCUCGGCGCUGGGCGUGGUCUACUUCCUCCACGCCAUCCCCUACCUGGUCAGCCCGCCAAUCGGAGGUUGGCUGAUUGACGUCACAGGAAGUUACACGGCCACCUUCUUCCUGUGCGGUGCCGCCAUGCUGGCCAGCGCCCUCACGCUCACCACCAUCGCCGGGAUCCGCCGCUGCCGCCGCCUGCUGACCGCCGCCGCCAAGGGCACCAAGCACGAGCCCCUCCCCCUCCCCCAGUCCGACCAAUCAGACUGCUUCGUGGCCUUCGAGAAGGAGGCGGUCAGUCAGGCCGCCUCGUAGCCGCAGAGGGGACCACCAAUCGGAUUAAUGGACACCAGAGACGGCGAGGAGGAGGGCUGUGAUUGGCCCGGCGAGGACGACUCAUUUAGAGUCGUACUGAAUCAACACUGUGACAAACUUUAACUUUAAAGUGCCUUUCAUCGUUUUUACGUCUCGACCUCGGCGCGGUCACAUGACGGCGACGGACGUCUGGACAAACCGGGUUAUAGGAGGACGAGACGAAGAUGCUAAUGCUAGCACUCAAGCUAAGCUAGUUAAGCUUUAACGCAGCUUCAAUCAGGGAAUCAACAAAACAACCGAUAUGAGCCGUGAUCAAUGAAGAUGAUCAAUGAUCAGUCGAUUAAUCUAUUUUCUUAUUUAAUUAAUAAAAUGUGAAUAUUUACUGGUUUUUUUUGGCCUCUACGACGGUUAACGUUGUGUUGGAAGACGUCCCCUUCAGAUCUGAGGAACUGUGACGGACGUCUGGACAAACCGGGUUAUAGGAGGACGAAGGACGAGGAUGCUAAAGCUAGCACGCAAGCUAACCGGAACAAGAAAAACAUAAAAUAACAAAAAUAAAAACACAAACUUAAAGUAGUUUUAGUCUGAGAGCUGAACCAGUUUGUGGUGGAGCUACAGGGUGAAUGAACGGACGGCAGCGGCACCAGACUCCAGAGAGACAAUACUGGAUUUACUGUCAAGUUCUCGUUUAAAGCAGCCGAGGCAGCAAAGCUGUGAUUGGCCGGCGAGGACGACUCAUUCAGAGUCGUUCUGACUUACUGACUCAUUCAGAGUCGUACUGAUGACUCAUUCAGAGUCGUGAUGACUCAUUCAGAGUCGUGAUGACUCAUUCAGAGUCGUGAUGACUCAUUCAGACUCGUUCUGACUUACUGACUCAUUUAGAGUCGUACUGACUCAUUCAGUCUUACUGACUCAUUCAGAGUCGUACUGACUCAUUAAGAGUCUUGCUGACUCAUUCAGAGUCUUACUGACUCAUUAAGAGUCUUACUGACUCAUUCAGGGUCGUACUGACUCAUUAAGAGUCUUACUGACUCAUUCAGGGUCGUACUGACUCAUUAAGAGUCGUACUGACUCAUUAAGAGUCUUGCUGACUCAUUCAGAGUCGUGCUGACUCAUUCAGAGUCUUACUGACUCAUUCAGAGUCGUGCUGACUCAUUCAGAGUCUUACUGACUCAUUCAGAGUCGUGCUGACUCAUUCAGAGUCUUACUGACUCAUUCAGAGUCGUGCUGACUCAUUCAGAGUCGUACUGAAUCAACACUGUGACAAACUAUAACUUUAAAGUGCCUUUCAUCGUUUCUACGCCUCGACCUCGGCGCGGUCACAUGACGGCGACAGCCGUCUAGACAAACCGGGUUAUAGGAGGACGAAGGACGAAGAUGCUAAUGCUAGCACACAAGCUAUCCUUUAACGCAGCUUUGGGCUGCAUCCCAAAGCUCUUAAUUGCAUCCCUGUUUCCCUCACUUGCGUCUUUUCCUUGCGUCUUAGUCCCUCCCACAAGGGAAGCAUGGAGAGACGCAAGGAAACCAUGCAAGGAGAGAGGAAACGAGGAAACCAUGCGAGGAGAGAGGAAACGAGGAAAGCCGCUUUAAGAGCAAUGGAACGUCGUUUCCUCUGAAGCGUCACGUGAAGCGACGUCCGUUUCUGAUGACAGCAGCAGCUGAUCACAUCUGGAUCAGCUGUCAGUCAGCUUUAACAGCUGUUUGUGUCUGAACUGAUCUAAUACUAAUAAAGACAAGUGCAAGCUGCAGCCUGUAUUUCUGCUGUGGACUGCUUAGAGGCUCAGGAACCAUCUCUACUGGAUCAAUAACUUUAUAUUACUUAUUCAUUAUUAGCAUCAGUAGUUAUUGAUAUUCUGAUUGUGAGUUCAUUAUUUAAUAACCCAGAAUAUGACUGUGG